GACCCGAACAAGCCGGGAACUCGAACCCCGUAGUUUUCAAGAGUUCUCCGGACCCCGGAACCGAAGACAAACGCGAGGCCGGUAGCUUCAGCUGCUCUCGCUUCGGCUGAACCGAACCGGCAUUGAACGCGCCGCCACCUUCCGCUGCGACAGGCGCGCAGGGCGAACGGUGGAAGGCUCGCGGCAGCGUCGACCAGCGGCGGUUAAGGAAAGGGGGUGUACCAGACGGCAGCACCAUGCCGGUGCUCACGUUUGUUGCUCGGGUGAUGGACGGCCUCCUGCUGGUGGCGUCGAUGGACUCUGGAUCGGACAGCGCAGCCACGGUGGAUGUGUGCCGGAGCCAGGCGAAGCAGAUCCUCAAAAGACUCAACCCUCGAUCGGUGGCCAAGUGCAGCAUCGAAUCGCGGCCCUAUGUGUUUCAUUACAUGAUCGAGCAGGGUAUCUGCUACCUAACGCUGGCAGAAAAGGGCUACCCAAAACGGUUGGCGUUUCUGUACCUGGAGGAAAUCCACCAGGAGUUCGUGGGGGAGCUGCGGCAGGACUACGGGGAGGACUGGCGCAACAAGGUGGAGACGGCGGCCCGACCAUACGCCUUCAUCAAGUUCGACAAGGUUAUCCAGCGUAAGCGAAAGGAGUUCCUCGACCCACAGAGCAGAAACAACAUGGCGAGGCUCAACGACGACCUCGCCGACAUCCACAGCAUCAUGAAGCAGAACAUCGAGGAGGUUCUCAACCGAGGGGAGAAGCUCGACCACGUUUCCGAGAUCUCGAAGACGUUGUCGACGCAGGCGGAGCAGUUCAAGUGGAGCUCGAAAAAGCUGUCCCUCAUGGCGUUGUGGCAAAAGUACGGACCGAUUGGGGCGAUGGUGAUAGCAAUACUUUUCAUCUUGUGGUGGAAGUUUUUCUGAAUUUCUCUUUGGUGUGGUGGAGGGAAGGAAGGGGGUAGGAGGGAGUGGAGGAUCUCGUCCGCUGUCCGAUAUGUGUUUUUUCUUGAACUGCCAGCAGACCUCGAUUCGUGUUCUGUCCUUGUACGUGCAACGAUGAGGAAAUUGACGAGGGAACAGCAGUUGGUCGUAAUCCGGUUGGUUGCGUGUGUGCGCGGUUUGGUUUUGAAGACAGCUAACUCGUAAUUUUGCAGUUUUUCGUGUAUCAUAAGGCGUGUAUCUUUGUUUUCCCUGCGUGCUCAGCCCACGAUAUGGUUGCUGCGCGUCAUGUCUUGAAUGGAGUGUACUACUG